AGAGGGAGGAAGAGAGCGCUGUUGGUUCAUACGAGGAUAGACUCCGUCCCGGCCUGAACUCGACGUUACAAAUAGGAGGUGCAGCAUUCCAAGUGGAGCAGAGAGGAGGUGCGACACACUGACGCACUGAUAUGAAGUGAGGGCGCGGAGACAAACGCCACAGAAGAAGAGACCCCCCCACACACACACAUACAGAGAGAGAGAGAAUUCAAACUACAUUUAAAAAUAAACACGCGGACAGAAGUCAUCAGUCUUCACAGGUGGCACUGUUGCUGCAUCUUUGCUCACCAGGAAUCCUGCAUUGAGCAGUCAGCACCACACACAGUGAGGACCUCUUGACGUUGUGAUGUUUGAGGAGGAGGAGUCCCAGCGGGAAGCGGCCAUGCUCCAGACGCUGGAAACUCCCCGUGCAGUGAGUCCAGGUGGAGGUGCAAGAGGACGAGCCGGGUCGCGGUCCUUCACAGACGAGGCCGUGUGCAUCAUGACCUCCGGCAGCUUGCUGGCUUGUUCCCUCCUCGGUCGCACAACUGCCAUCAAACGCAAAGAGAGUCCUUCUUCCAGCGUCCGACGCAAGCGCGAGUUCAUACCUCAAGACAAAAAGGACGAUGGCUACUGGGACAAGAGGAGAAAGAACAACGAGGCGGCGAAGCGCUCGCGAGAAAAGCGCCGCAUGAAUGACAUGGUCCUGGAGAGCCGUGUUCUGGCUCUGCUCGAGGAGAACGCUCGCCUCAGGGCGGAGCUCCUCGCCCUGAAGUUCCGUUUCGGACUGGUCAAAGACCCGUCCAACGCUCCCAUCUUGCCUCUCACUGCCGCUUCUCAGCACAACACUCAAAACUUGACUCCACACUAUCAUCUCCACAGUGGCGACGUAGGCCUCCCCAGCUCCUCAGCCUCUUACCCCAACAACAACCAGACAGGCCAGCUGACCCGAGUCUCCAGAGACACCGGUCCCAUGUCAGAGGACUCUGGAUUCUCUACACCAGGCGGGUCCAGCGUGGGCAGCCCCGUCUUCUUUGAAGACCGGCUGAGCGAGCAAGGGAAAUUAUCACCGCAAAGAGCAGAGGACCUGGGCUACGACCUCCACCACUCCCCGGCUGAUGUCCACCACACAGCAGGACUCGCCGGAGGAAAGCCGGACCAAGCCGACGUGAUGAAAACCCUGCCUCACAAGCUGCGUUUCAAGACGCCGGGAAGUGGCGACGGGUUCGACGUGGCAGGGGACAGUCACGGUGCCAGACGCAGCCCCGUGCUGUCCACAGCGGGACAAGACGUCCCGAGAGAGACCGUCAAAGGACAGGUUUUGGGGGAAAUGGGAGCAAGACAAUGCGCCCAAGGCUCAUGGCUCCAGCAGCUGGAAGGGGCCGAGGGCAGAAAAGGGAGACAGUCUCCUCAGUACAGCAACGCCUCAGCCACCGGCUACGGCCUCCAGCCUCGCCCCGCACCGGGACAGCAAGAGUUUCAGUAUCAGCAUGAGAACACACACCUCAAGUCCCAGCUCACGUCUCUCAGUGAGGAAGUGGCUCAGCUCAAGAGGCUUUUCACAGAACAGCUCAUGUCCAAAGUCAACUGAGGACUCACAUGGACUUUCUAAAUCUAAAAAACAGUCUGUGUGUUGUUGCUGUGACCUCAUAUUUUUGACUACACCGCGAUUAAACGUCUGCAGACGACCGUCGUCUCUUAACCUGCUAUCAAAAACAACGGCUUAAUCUCGACUGCUACUUAAUCAGUGAGGAGUAGAAUGUUAAAAAAAAAAACAGUCUUACACUGUGACAACUAAAAGCACACAGCGCAAUGGAACCUGUUUGCAUAAUAUCCUCGCAGACGGCAGCUCCAGGCUGUCAGAACAUCAUGAUGGAUGAGCUUAGUAAUUAGAUUUUACUGGACAAGUUUCCCACAGCUGAUAUUUGCCUAUUACAACCCCAGACAGUGUGUGAGGUGUCAAAGACUGAGCUUGUUCACCUCAGAAACUGCAUCACAUCAUGUUUGUCAUCAUUUGACUUCCCUGUAGGAAACACACUGUAUUUCAUGUGAUUGACAUUCACCGUUUGUCUGCGUUCAUGCCGUGCAGUUUAAACUUAUCUCAUUACUGUUGUCUGAUUUACUCUCUCUGUGUUUUCAUAUUAAAAAUAAAAUACAUUUGACACAUUCA